CACCACCACCACCAUCAUCAUCACAGGCACUCCAGGAAGAUUGUGCUUGUGAAGAACAGUGACCCUUCUGUCCGGAGGACCAUUGUGCUGCAUCGCAGGAGCCUGCGCAGUCUGGCGCUCUUCAUGGACGAGGUCUCUGAACUCAUGCAGUGUCUCAUCAGGAAGCUCUACACACUGGAAGGCCACAAGAUUGACAGUGUGCAAAGUCUGCUGCAGUGCCCGAGCAUUUUGGUUUGUGUGGGACGUGAGCCUUUCCACCCACUCCUGUUGGACAGCUUCAGGAAGAACUCUUACGACAAACUUCCAAGGCUGAACACAAAGCAACGCUCUAGUGUCUGCAGUGAUGAAAAGGGGGCCAAGAAAAAUGUCAACUUUGGACUUGAAACUAAGAGAAGCGUCAUCCAUCCAAGGUGUGAUUCAAGCAACAGAUCAGCAAGACUAUCCGUCUCAUCUGAAAAGUUGUUUCCUAAUGGACUUAACCCAUUACCACCAGGGCACAGAGGUCCUCAUCCAGGAGAAAAUACGAUGGAUGAUGACAUUGAAAAGCGAGUUCUGGUCAACAAAGACGGAAGCCUGUCAAUGGAGAUGAAAGUGCGCUUUCGACUAUUACACAACGAGACAUUGCACUGGUCCACAGAAGUGAAGAAGUCAAAGAGCACUUUUAAUGAAUCCCAUGUUGUACCUGAUGAUGCUUGUUCCCUCUCGCAUGGCAGUGCAGAGAGCUGCUCAGAAGCGGAUUCUCUCUCUGCUGGCGAAGCAGAUGAGACAUACAGCACCAAACGUUACCAGAGACACUUUGAGGAGCCACAUUGCCAGCACUGCUGUGCUCACUGUCAGGAAUAUGAUAUCUGGAAGAAUCCUGUACCUCCUGAUCAAGGAUCUGCAAGACACAUCAGAUCCUCAAGCUCAAGUGCGUCCUCGCGGAAAAUAGUGUGCAAAAAGGCAUCUACUGACAGCAUGCGCACAAUGUCCAGUGAGGAGUACACAGAGCAUGUAGUGGAAAAGGCAACUUGCAUUCAACGGACCUUCGGGCAGCAGGGCGACUCCACAGUGGAACAAUGCACCAUCAACCAUUGCCACAGUCGAAGUGAAGUACGCUCAAUGUCCCCUAAAACAAAGAGCACAAGUGCUAUUACUCAGCCAGUGGAGGAAGAGGAGAGGUCUGUAUCUGUUGUGAGUUGUUCUUCUCAAAUUUUAGCAUCGCUGAAGGAGGAUCAAGAUGAUGAAGAUGUUGACCUUCCUCUGAGCACCUCGAGAACAUCCCGUGGCCAACAGGACGAGGAGAGCCUAGAUGCAGAACCAAACCCAUGUUCUACUACACCCUGUAAAUCUCCUGCACAUUUGUCACCGAGACCACCAAGCAAAUCUUCAUCUUUAGGACGGUCUAAAAGAUCCAGAAAAUUGGUCAGUCAAGAAGUUAGUGAUGAAGAGGGCAGGUCUGAAGCAUCUGCUGAGUGUACUGGAGCAAGCAGUGAAACAAUAGAGGAGCGAUCCUCGAGUGCUAUCUCCAUAAAAUCCAACAUCUCUGGAAAAUCAAAUAAAACAAAUGUUUCAGAGGUACUUGAAAAGGAUGGAAGAGCACCCAGUGCCAUGUCAGUCAAGUCACAGAAAUCUGACAAAUCAAGAAAAACUGACAUCUCAGACAAUUUGUCUGAGGAACAAAUCUCUGAAGUAAGAACAUCAAGUGCUAUGUCUGUUAAAUCAAAUAUAUCCGUAAGGUCAAAAAUAUCAGAUAUCGACUUUGUUGAGGCUUUACAAGACAAUGUUGAGGAGAGGGCUGUAAGUGCCGUGUCAUCUAAAUCGAAUAUUUCUGCUACAUCUAGUCAGUCUAAAGAGCCAAAAUCUGUGCCUGAUGGGGCAUUAGAUGAAACAAUAGAAGAAAGAGCUUCAAGUAUUAAAUCUGGAGCAUCAAACAAGUCUGGAAUUGAAGAGGUGACAAAUGAUGAUCAAACAGUGGAGAGGGCUCCCAGCUCCAUUUCGAGAAAAUCAAAUAUUUCUGCAAGAUCUAAUUUGUCAAUUGAGCUGAGCGAGCUUGAAGAUCAAGACAGAGCCCCCAGCAGCAUUUCUGUUAAAUCAAAUGUCUCACAUAAAUCAAAGUCUGACAUUUCAGAAGCAGCAUAUUUUCAAGGAGAUGAAUCUUUAAAUUCAGUGAAAUUAAACACACCUGAAGCUGGAGCAGCUCCUCAAACAGAGCUAUCAGGGCAGAGAUCGCCAAGCUCUCUGCCAUCAAAAUCAAAUAUCUCUACAAGAUCCAGAAGAUCCAAAAAUGUUGAGGUAGACCAAGAUGAAGCACAGGAAAAAGAUGAUGUUCAGGAAAGAGCAUCAAGUGCUAUUUCAAUAAAGUCUACUACAUCUGCAAGAUCAAGGAAAUCCGAAACAACACCAAAAUCAGGAGAAGAAAUGAAGGAACGAGCUCCUAGUGUUAUGUCAGUCAAAUCAAAUGCUUCCUUAAAAUCAAAUAAGUCCAAGAUGGAGGAGGAGGAAAUAGAAAACAGAGCCUCCAGUGCUUUGUCUGUUAAAUCUGAAGUUUCCACAUUGUCAAAAAAAUCUAAUCAGUCAGACGUAGAGCAAAUGGAGAAAAGACCAUCAAGUGCAAUAUCAGCUAAAUCAAAUGUUUCUGUAAGAUCUAAAAGGUCCAAAAUGUCAGAGGUGGCAGGAGAUGAUGAUCGAUCAUCUGCAGCAGCAUUACAUAUCUCUGAAACAUCCAAUGAAUGCAGCACAGCACCUGAAGAAACCUGCAAAGGCACAGAGAAGUCAACAGGCAAAGAGAAAAGAGCAACAAGUGCAUUGUCAACAAGAUCCAAUAACUCUGCUAUAUCCAAGAAAUCCAAAAUAUCUGAUAUGGCUGAUGAUAUUGGAGCUGAAGAUAGAGAUGAUUUGAGAUCUGCAAGUGCAAUGUCCUCUAAAUCGAAUGUAUCUGUGAAAUCAGCUGUCUCAGAAUUGGUCACAGAAGAGCCUUUAGAAGCACACGACCAAACUGAAGAACGGGCUCAGAGUGCAUUAUCAGCACAAUCCAAUCAGUCAGGAGUGACUGUAAGUGAGGGAGUUGAAGUUGCAGAGGAACGGGCACUGAGUGCCAUGUCAUCUAAAUCCAAUGCUUCUGAAAGACCAAAAAAAUCCAAUAAUUUAAAAGUGCCAACUGCUUUGCCUCAAGCAGCAGAACACCAAACAGAGGAACGAGCUCAGAGUGCAUUGUCAGCUAGAUCAAGUGUUUCGACAAGAUCCAAUAAGUCCAAAAUUUCAGAUGUUUUAACUGAUGUGCUUGUUGAUGUGAGAGACCAAGAAGAAGAGAGAGCUUCAAGUGUUUUGUCUGCAAAAUCCAGCAUUUCCGCAAAGUCAAAGAAGUCAAAUGCUUCUGCAACAGACGUCAAAGCUGAUGACAAAGAAAAAGGAGACAGAGUACCAAGUGCUAUGUCAGGAAGAUCUGAUAUUUCUACCAAAACCAGUAUCUCUGCAAAAUCCAAAGCAUCAAAAGUUUCAGAAGUACCACCAGAAGAGCCUGAUGAUGAAGAAAGUGAAAUAAAAGCACCAAGUAUUACUAAAUCCAGUAUUUCAGUAAGAUCCAAUAAGUCAAAGCAUUCAGAAAAAGAGGUUCAGAACAUAGAGAGACCUACAAGUGCAAUUUCGGUAAUAUCCGAUGCCACACAUGAUGAAAAUGAAAUCACAGAUGAUGGUGAAAUCCAAGAAAGGGCUCCAAGUGCUGCAUCUGCAAAAUCACAUUCCUCUGUAAGAUCCAGAACAUCAAAGGUUUCUGAAAUAAUCAUAGAUGAACCAGAUAAACAAAAAGUAGAGAGGGCACCAAGUUCUAGUUCAUUGAAAUCUGAUGCCUCUGGAAGAUCUGGUGCAGAUGACCCUGUCAAUGAAGAAAAGGAAGCAAGAACAGAAAGUGCUUUGUCCUCAAUUUCUGUAAGAUCAAAGAAGUCAGAAGAUUCUGAGAUAAUCAGCUAUGUAGAGCAGAGGGCAUCAAGUGCAGCAUCAGUUACAUCUAAAACAUCUGCAAGAUCUAAAAGGUCAAAUAUUUCAGUAGUUGCUCCUAUAGAAAUUGGAAACACAGAUACUGGAGAUGUCCGAGCAUCAAGUGCAAUGUCUGCAAAAUCUUGUGUAUCUGCGAAAUCAAAAUGUUCAGAAAGAACAACUGAGGAUGAAGAAGCAAGUAAAGUAGUAGACAGAACAACCAGCUCUUUGUCUGUCAAGUCAAAUCCAUCCAUAACAUCGGCUACCACUGUUAAAUCAAGUGUUGUGCCUACUAAAUCAAAUGCUUCUGCAAAAUCCCUCCUCUCAGAAGCUGAAGAGCCUGACAGCAGAUCAACAAGUGUGGCCUCUAAUGCAUCUGCAGAAACUAAAAUGUCUAAAGCAAGUGUGAACACACAAGCAAACCGUUCACCAAGCAAAUUGUCAGUUAAAUCAAAUUUGUCUACAAGAUCCAAGAAGUCUAAAGUUUCUGAGAGUGAGGACCAUACACACACAAACACUGAAGAUACAGAAUUAAACAGAGAUAAGAGUCCGUUGUCCGAUCACUCAAAAGUAUCUCAAACAAAGAACUCAAAUGAAUGUAUUUGUGGUGCAAUAAACAAACCAUCAAGUCCAGUGGCAUCAUCUGAAGAAGACUCUGACCAUGAAGAGAUACCUGCAAGUCCUCUGUCUAAAAAGUCAGCAAAGUCCAAAAUCAGUUCAGUUGGUUCCACCUCUGAAAGAGUUUUAACACCAACAAGCACCUCAGUUUCUAUUGGGAUUGUUGAGGAUCAUGAGGCUGAUGAUGUUGAGGAAAUAGAUGGAGGUGCUGUUUCAAUUAACUCAAGAAUAUCUGCUUCAUCAAAGACUGAAAUAUGUGGUAUAUCCGACCAGUGUUUAUCAAAAUCACCAGUACAAAUCACAAAUGAAGCGACACCGACAUCAGAGGAAAGACCUAAAAGUUCAACAUCAGCUAAGUCAAAUGUCUCUGGUAAAUCGAAGUCCAAAAGCUCUCACUGUGGCUCUACAUGUCCUACAGACACAAUCCAGGACAGAGAUGAUGUAGCAAGCAAUAAAUCCUCCAAAAUAAAGUAUUUAAUGCCUUCAUCUGAAAACCAACCAUCACCCAACAGUUCAGUGAGGCAGAGCUCUCAAACCCAAGAGAUUCGUCCAUCUAGCAAAGCUUCCGAUAUGUCUGUACACACUGAAAUCACAGGUCAAGAGAAAGCUGAAAGUCCAGAUGUUACCCAUAAAUCUCAAAGUGUCUGUUCAAAAUGCAGUUCUACACAACAGAAAGGAAAAAUUUCCGAUGCUUCAUGUGCCUCAGCAAUCUCAGACUCUGAGAAAUCCAAAACUAAAGAAGGAAAUACUGCAGAAAUGGCUGACAGACCAAAGAGUAAUAUAUCCAGUUCAUCAUCUCGUUUGAAAAUAAAUAGUCAAAAGAAUGAUGUUGAAGCUACAGUUGUCAGUGAAAGAAGCAAUAAACUAAAUACCAAGUCAACACAGAAAGUUCAAGACAAUGCGCCCGAGCGUUAUUCAGCGACUUUAUCUGUUACCUCAGGAAACCAUCUAAGUCCUAAACCACCAAAAUCUCCUAAAAAAUCCAAAAAACCUAUUAUUCUACUUGGCAACUCUAAUGAUAGCAAGUUAUCGCAGACCGUUCCUGCUCUAGAACCAAGAAAAGAAUAUACUUUUGCAGCAGCAGGAAAACCUGAGUCUUGUAGAUCUGAUACAAAUGUCAGUGAAAUUAAGAGUGAAAAAAGUAGCAAAUGUAGAAAAAGAAUUGGAAGCGACUCUUCUUGCCACAAGAUGGAUGAUGACAUAUCUGAGCUGAGUCCUUCUUGCUUGCCAAAUGCUUCUCCAACUGAGGUGGUGAAUGAAUGGCUGAGGAAAAUCCCAUCACUUACCACCUUGUGUGAUUUGGGUGACGGAUUCCAUGACGAUUAUGAUUCGAUAGAGCCACUUUGCACAUCACAUGUGCCAUCAGGAGAUGAUAAUGAGCAUGGAUGUUUGCAGCCAAGUGAUGUUACCAAACUUGUAACACAGAAUGAAAUGGAAGAUGAUCAUGUGGUGAAUACAGAAGGGGCUACUGACAAAGAAUCUCCUGAAGUUGCUGAGGGUGAUCGCUCUCAGAGAGGGGAUGAACCAAAGAAGUUUGAUUCUUCGGUUCUGGUGAUGAAAGUCUUGUUGAGCCCCAAACUCGACCGAUGCAAUAGCCUGCCAGAGGUAUCUCCUGUAUAUGGACGUAAGCUCAGCGCAUCAGCGCAAGGUCUUCUGGAUUGUUUGGCAAAUCUUCAGUUGUUAGACUUUGGUCCUAGUGAUGAAGACGGUAAAAAGGAAAAAUACCAGGAGCUCAUGAGCAUGCUUAAGUCUCUUUGGCUCUGUGACCCAAAAGACGGUGGGAAGACAUCUGUGGAAAGAAACAAGCGCCUGGACGAGGAAUUCAAAGCCAGGUCAUCCUCAGGGGUAGAUGUUAACAGUGGCUCAACAGGUUCAGGGAAAAGUAGUGUCAAUGAUGGCACCCAACCCCAAAUCAACACAGAAUGUGAAGUCCUGGAAACCCUGACAAAGGUACAGGAAGUUGAUGAAACAGCAGAAGGGGAAGCUUCAGAUUCGCCAGAAUCAAAAUAUGAUUCAGUCACUCCAGAUAUAGCAAAUCAAGCUCAGUUAACCCCAGAGACAAAGGACACAGUUCAAGAGAAGUUAAAAGAUGAUGUCCCAGGCUCUGAAGAGACAAUCAGGAGUAAUGAUAGUCCAAGGGAACUCAUUGAAACACCUCUUUCCUCAAACAAGAGUUCUGUGAAUAAUCCCAAAAAAGAGGAAACUGAAUCAGACCGUCAAGAGGACGCAAGUUCAGGCAGUGCUCCAAAACAACAAAGAGGUCAGUUAUCAAAAAGGCUUUCUCAAGACCCUGAUCCUGUAUGGGUUCUGAAUUUAUUGAACAAAUUAGAAAAGCAAUUUAUGACACAUUAUGUUAACGCAAUGGCUGAGUUCAAAGUCCGUUGGAAUCUGGAUGACAAUGAGCAACUUGAUGCCAUGAUAUGCGAAUUGCAAGGUGAAGUCCGCAGAAGGAUACAAUCGAGUAUAGACAGGGAGUUAAGGAAAAUCCAAGGUAGAGCUGGAAGACCAAGACCACCAAAAGACACAAUGUCACGUGAAUCUACCAUGCAAACAGAGCAAAGGCGAAGACGUCUGAAAGUGAUGCGCAACCAAUCAGUUGAUCCGCAACCUGAUAAAAGUGACGAUGAUUAUACAAUGACAGGGACCGAUUUCAGCGAUCAACGUAGCGAUGAUGAAUAUUGUCCUUGUGACACAUGCUUGAAAAAGAAAAUGGCAUCCAAGCAUGUGCUACCUGUGGAAAUGCUUAAUUCUGCCCCUGUGAUGAUCGACUUUGAUUUAAGAAGAAUUCUCCAGAUGAAGAAAUCAUCUCCAAACAAUGAAAAGAUUGAGGAGACUGCUAAUGAACAAGCAAGUGAGAUGAAAGGAGAAAAUGCAGGACUUGCGGCUGUCAAAGAGGAAGAUGAGAAAGAGGGGGCAGACAAAGAAAUUCUUGCUUCCAGUGCAAUUGAAGAUGAAAAACAAGAAUGUGAGGAGGGUGAAGAGGAAGACAGUGCCUCUAGCUCUUAUGUAGAAUAUAGUUCAGAGAAACAAUCAAAUAUACCCAGGCAUUUAAAGAAAGAUAUGGAUGAAAUUGCUGAGAAGUCUGUUAACACAAUGACUGCGCAACAAGAUGAAGAUCAAGAAGAGACUGAGACUGAUUCUGAUUUAAUGGCUUUGAAAGAAAGUACAAGCAGUUGUAAGAUUAAUGAAUUAGAUGAAGAUGUGACAAAUGAUGACAUUAGUGAAUUUGAUGACAUAAUGCAAACUGAAGCAGCAGAGGAAGCAUUUGAAGAACACACUGAGGAAGAAUCAGAACAGCAGGACAAGACAGCUGAUGAUGAAACUGCUGAAGAAGGGCAAAAUGCAGGAACAGAAUCUGUUGAAGAGGGUGAGACCACUGGUGAAGAGACUUCAGAGGAUGGGCAGACUCCUGAAGAAGUAGCUGCUGGAGAGAAUGGCAUAGCUGGUUGUGACACUGCAGAAGAAGGUGAGACAGCUGAAGCUAAAACUUCAAGACAUGGUGAGACAGCAGGAGACGAAACUGCAGAAGAGGGUGAAAUGUCUGAAGAUAAAACUUCAGAAGAUGGACAAACUGCAGAAGCAGAAACCACUUCAGAAAAUGGACAAACUUCUGAAGAUGUAACUGCAGAAGAAUGUGCAACAGUUAAUGAUGACAAUGCAAAAGAGCAUGAGAUGGCUGAAAAAGAAGCUCUGGAAGAUGGACAAACUGCUGAAGAUGAAACUGGAGAAGAAUGUGAGACAGUUAAUGACGAGAAUGGAGAAGAACAUGAGACAACUGAAAAUGAAUCUGUGGAAGAUGGACAAAUUGCUGAAGAUGAAACUGGAGAAGAAGGUGAGACCGUUAAUGAUGACACUGCAGAAGAGCAGGAGACCACUGAAAAUGAAAUGGCAGAAGAUGGACAAACAGCUGAAGGUGAAACUGGAGAAGAAGGUGAGACCGUUAAUGAUGACACUGCAGAAGAGCAUGAAACAGAUGAAUGUGAAACUGCAGAAGAGGGACGAACUGCUGAAGAUGAAACUGGAGAAGAAGGUGAGACCGUUAAUGAUGACACUGCAGAAGAGCAGGAGACCACUGAAAAUGAAAUGGCAGAAGAUGGACAAACAGCUGAAGGUGAAAUUGAAGAAGAAGGUGAGACAGUUAAUGAAGACACUGCAGAAGAGCAUGAGACAGAUGAAUGUGAAACUGCAGAAGAGGGACGAACUGCUGAAGAUGAAACUAGAGGCAAAGAUGAGACAGUUCAUGAAGACACUGCAGAAGAGCAUGAGACAGUUGAAAAUGAAACUGUAGAAGAAUGCCAAACUGCUGAAGAUGAUACUGGAGAAGAAGGUGAGACAAUAAACAACGACACUACAGAAGAGCAUGAGACAGCUGAAAAUGAAACUUCAGAAGAUGGAGAAACUGAUGAAGAUAAAACUGCAGAAGAAGGUGAGACGACUGAAGAUAAAACUUCAGAAGAUGGACGAACUGCUGAAGCAGAAACUGUUGGAGAAGAUGAAAUAACUGAAGAUGAAACUGCAGGGGAGGGUGAGGCAUCAGCUAAAAACGAAUCUGUAGAAGAAGAAGAGAAUGCUGAAGCUGAAACAGAGAGCAAUACAGGUGAUGAUGAAACUGCAGAAAAGAGUGAGACAGCUGAUAACAACAGUGAAGAAGAGCAUGAGACGGCUGAGAAUGAAUCUGUAGAAGACGGGCAAGCUGAAACUGCAAGAGAGAGUGAUUCAGGUGAGGAGGACACUGCAAAAGAGAGCGUGACCGCUGAAGAUGAAAUGGCAGAAAAUGGCCAAACUGCUGAAGCAAGAGAGGGUGAGACAGACAGUGAUGAACCAGCAGAAGAUGAGCAGAAUGCUGAAGCUGAUGCGGGUGAGGGAGAUACAGCUGAUAAUGAAGCUGUAGAUGAUGAGCAAACGGCUGAAGCUGAAACUGCUUAUGAGAGUGAGACAGCUGAAGAUGAAACAGAAGCAGAGAGAGAUACUGUGGAUGGGACAUCGGUUGAAGAAAGAGGAACUGAUGUACAAAGAGCCGAUGAAGAUGAAGACAACACAGAUGAUGCAGGAACUACAGGAGGUGUGUCAGCUGAGGAAAAAGAGGCUUCUGAAUCAGAAACAGCAGAUGAGAGGACCACUGAAGCUGAAACUGAGAUGUCUGAAGAGAAAGCUACUGUUGAAGAUAGCAACACAGCUGAAGACCAGUGUGCUGUGGUAGAGCUGGCAGAGCAAACUCCUGAUCAUGAGACGACUGGAGAAGAGACGGACAAGAGUCAGUCAAACGAUGAGGAAGACAAGGAAACUGUCAGUUGUGAAGCAGCAGAGGAGGAAGAUGUUCUUUCUAACAUUGAGGACACUGAGAGUCAUAAUGUCUUGACUUAUCUUGAGGUAAUUGAAGAUGAAACACUCCUUAAGAACAAUGGUGACAUUGUUCUAGAUAGUGUUGAUGAUAAAGGUGAAGAAAGUGGAAAAGAAGAUGAUGAUGUGGAGGUAUUGGCAAACAAAGCUGGUUAUGUGGCCAACACUGGUGAAUCAGCUGAAGCUGGUGAUGAAGCUGAGGAUGACACAGAGACAGAUGAAGGGGAGCAUAAUAGGAACACUCUAACUUUACAGCCUCUGUUACAGCCAAAACCAAAAGAUGACAAACCAGAUGGGGCAACUUCAUUUAAUGUUUUGGGAAAGCACAACUCAGAGUUUGAAGAUGGUGCCGAUGCUGAUGUAGAAGACUCAGAAACAGAAGAACACAACCAAGUCAUAGAUUUGACUUCUGAGUCAGAGAGCAAGCCACAGAGUAAAACUGCACAUAAAACCUUCAAGAUGCUCAUUCACACUAUGAAUUUCCUCAAACUCUCAGCCACUGGACUACCAAAGAGCAGGGAAGAGGAUAAUGAACCUGAGGUUGAAGAUGAAGAGACUCCAGAGGAUGGCAGUGAUGAUGCAGAAGAGAGUUCCUGUGUGGAGAAAGAUGAGGUGGAAGAGAAUGGGAAGGAGAAGGGCAAACUCACAGAUAUUACAGAGGACACCGCAGAAGGUGAGGAGGACCAGACAAAUGAGACUAGUGAUGAUUCAGAAGACCAUGAAUGGGAAUCGUCUGAAAAUUCCUUGCAGAAGCAGAUAACAAAGUCAUCCCUGGAAUCUCAGCCAGGUUCCUUUGAGGAAGUUCACGAGGAACAGGAAAAAAAUCAGAAAGGUUUAAAUAAUCUGAAAGCCAGCUGGUAGAAUCCUUCUUCAGCAUCAAAGAAAAGAACCAAAGAUGCUCUUUAGCAUGUAAAAAUGGUUCCAGAGGGGUUAUUUCUCUAUUAUCCUUAGACCGUAUAAUAAUUAUCACGAGUUUUUUAAUAGCCCUUUGGAUUCCUUAUUUUAUUGACCAAAGAGUAACAUAUAAUGCACUUUACUUAUUAUUCACUUGUGAUUCCAUUAUAUAUGCAGAUUAUAUAUAUGCAAAAGCACAGCAUUACUGCUCAGGUACUGUAAAAAGGGAACUGCUGAAACUUGAACAGCACAUGAAGCUCUUCUAACUUGAUGGAAGGAAAAUUGUUUAGAAUUUUAGUAUAUUUAUGUCAGCACAACAUAUUUAAUUGCAGUUAUUUAUAUAAUUCACUCAGUUGUAAGCCUUAGCCAUUGGAGGGACUGUUGACAAGGGUUAAUAAUGUAUCAUAGUUACUGUAUCAUACUGUAUACGUAUGUGCUGCUAUACAAAUGUUCCACAGUGUAAAUGAAAAAUCACACAUCAUAGUGACAUGGAAUGGAAAUCAGGGGGCAUAAACUGUGGUUAUGAGUGCACGAGAAUGAAUGUAUAUUGAACAUAUUUGAAUCUGAAUGUUUGUUUCAUUGUAGCAAUAUGAAUUAAUUAUCUAAUUUACUUGUAGGUUGCUUACGGGAAAGCAUACCUUUAAAAAACAAACUUUAUUUAGACAUUCUACUAACUAUAAGUAACUUUGCAACUACAUAUCUACUAACUCUCAGAGUAGACUGUUAGGUUAGGUUUAGGGUUGGUAGAAUAAGUUGACAGUCAGUAUGUUGUAUGCUGUAAGUUGUGGACCCAUCAAAAUAAAGCAUUAGAAGAUGUUAAGCAGAUAGUCUACUAAUACUCUAAUGACUGCUAGUUGCAAAGUUGCUUACUGUUAGUACAAUGUCUAAAGUGGACUAUCAAAAUAAAGUGUUACCCAUUUUUGUCCCUGCUAAAACACAUAAGAGAUGUCCAUUCCAUCUGACUUGGUCAGAAUAUGUACACUAAUGCUUACUUUUAAAGUAAGUGCAGUGAAUGCAGAUGUAUAGGAUUGACAUCAGCAGAAAUCACCAAUAUACAGCAUGUUGUGUAUUAUAAGGAUCGAG